ACUAUUGCAGAAAAUAUGUCCGACGAAGGAAAGUUGUUCGUCGGCGGCCUGAAUUUCGACACAGACGAGCAAUCCCUGGAAGAGGUUUUCUCCAAGUACGGCCAGAUCGCUGAGGUGAAAGUGAUUAAGGACAGAGACACCAUGGCUUUCCGCGGCUUCGGCUUCAUCACUUUCGAGAACCCGGACGACGCCAGGGAUGCGCUGCCGGCCAUGAAUGGAAAAUCCAUCGACGGGCGGCAGAUCCGAGUGGACCACGCCGAGAAGAAGUCGAGAGGAGGUGGCUAUGGCUGAGGCUGAGGCGGUUAUGGAUGUGGACGAGGAGGCGGUGGCUACGGCUCUCAGCAGUACGAUUCGAGGGCGGAUGGCUACUACCGGGAAGACAGCUAUUCCCGGGGCCGGGAAGGAGGCUACAGAGGGCGCAGCUCCUACCAGUGACACUGGUCAUGGUCUAAAUCUGAGGUCUGACCUCCUCCCUCUCGGUUUUGCUAUUUCUUUUUGUUUAGGGAAGAGAUGGCGAUCCGUUAAUUUCCCAGCCUAGUGUUUUCCCCACUAGAAUAUAGUUGUUGGCCAUUUUUUUGCCCCCGCCAUAUACCGGUUUGAGAGGCUGGCGGCUGCUGAUCGAUCUCUGCUUGUCCCUGCUCCCGUUAUAUCGGGCGGCUGUAGCCCCACCACUAUUGUUCGGCCGAGAGUUUUCAUCUGUUGUGACUUUUUAAGUAAUAAAAACCAAACCA